AUGGCCGCGAAGCUGAUCGAUCGGCGAUUCCACAAUGUGCCAGGAAAGCUCCACGUGGCGGAGCUGUUUUUCGAUGUCCCAAUCGACUACAGCAAGCCCAGCGAUGGCACAUUGAGACUAUUUGCCCGCAGCGUCUCCCGACUGAAUAAGCCAGUUGAGCCCACUAAAGAAGAGUCCAAGCUGCCCUGGCUGGUCUACCUCCAGGGGGGACCGGGCUUUGGAUGUGGUGCCCCGCAGAAUUACGGCUUGGUUGAACCAGCCCUCAGCAAGGGGUAUCAAGUCCUCUUCCUAGACCAGCGCGGCACCGGCCUGAGCUCUACCAUCACUGCGGGAACUCUUGCUCGUCAGGGGGACGCAAUCAGGCAGGCCGAGUACCUCCAGAAAUUCCGCGCUGACAACAUUGUCCGCGAUUGUGAGGCCAUCCGGAAACUUUUGACUCUGGAUUAUCCCGAGGAUCAGCGCAAAUGGAGCAUUAUCGGCCAGAGCUUUGGCGGCUUCUGUGCUGCCACUUAUCUGUCCAAAUUUCCCGAGGGUCUGCGGGAAGCUUUUCUCUGUGGUGGAUUGCCACCUCUUGUCAACGAUCCAGUCCCUGUUUAUGAACGGACGUAUGAGAAGGUUGUGGAGAGAAAUGAGGCAUACUAUGCCAAAUUCCCGGAGGAUGCUGAGCGCGUUAAGAAGAUCAUGCAGUACCUGGCAGCAAACCAGGUCGCAUUGCCCUCAGGCUGGCUGACACCAGCCCGUUUUCAGCAACUUGGAAUCGUCUUCGGCUUCCAUGGCGGUAUCGAUUCUCUGCAUGAAAUUGUUGUACGAGUCUGGAACGACUUGGAGAUCUUUGGUUCCCUCACCGUUCCAACGCUUGCUAUUAUUGAUAGCAAUGGCGGAAUGGACAAGAACAUUAUCUACGCCGUCUUGCACGAGGCAAUCUAUUGCCAAGGCAAACCCUCGCUUUGGGCGGCAGAUAGACUGAGGGCCGAAUACCCUCGAUUUCAAAUCACUGACUCCCAACCGGAGAUUUACUUCACUGGGGAGAUGGUCUUCAAAGAUAUGUUCGAGUCGUACACUGAGCUCAAGCAGAUCCGGGAGGUAGCUGAGAUUCUCGCUACCACCAGCGACUGGCCUGACUUGUAUGACAAGGCCCAAUUGGCCAAGAAUGAAGUGCCUGUCUAUGCUGCCACAUAUAUUGACGACAUGUAUGUGCACUUUGAUCUGGCCUCAAACACAGCCGCCAAAAUCAAGGGUACGAAGCAGUUCAUCACCAACACUAUGUACCACGAUGCCCUGCGCAGCAAGUCGGGCGAAGUUAUGCGCCAGCUGUUGAACCUUCGAGAUGACUCUCUUGAUUGA